UGCGCGCUUGGUUCUAACAGAAUUGGCGUGUCCACCGGUCUCUCUUCGGAAAACACACCCACUCUCUUCUCAGUGCCCACUCGAGUUCGCUUGGAGUGAGGAUGAAGGUGCAGAACAUUCGGACCCUUUCUCUCAUCCUGUGUAUGAUAUCCUACCUGCUUGUGGGAGCCGCGGUGUUCGACGCCCUCGAGUCCGAGACCGAGAGCUCGAAGAAAAAAAUCCUGGAACAAAAGCGCAACGAGCUGAAGAAGAAGUACGGAUUCACUCAGGACGACUACCGGGAUAUCGAGAGAGUGGUUCUACAGUCGGAGCCACAUCGCGCGGGGAGACAGUGGAAAUUUGCGGGAUCUUUUUACUUUGCCAUCACUGUUAUCACAACGAUUGGUUAUGGACAUGCUGCUCCAGGCACAGACUCUGGCAGGACAUUCUGCAUGUUCUAUGCUGUUCUGGGCAUCCCACUGACGCUGGUCAUGUUCCAGAGCAUGGGGGAGAGGAUCAACACGUUAGUCCGCUACCUCCUCUGCAGGCUCAAGUGCUGCAUGGGAUUACGGUGGACUGAAGUGUCCAUGGGGAACAUGGUGCUGGUGGGCCUCCUGUCCUGCAUGAGCACCCUCUGUGUUGGGGCAGCAGCCUUCUCCCACUUUGAGGGCUGGACCUUCUUCCAUGCCUACUACUACUGCUUCAUCACGCUCACCACCAUCGGCUUCGGGGACUUUGUGGCCCUGCAGAAGAAGGAGGCCCUCCAGAGGAGGAUUCCCUAUGUGGCUUUCAGCUUCAUGUACAUCCUGGUGGGGCUGGCUGUGAUCGGGGCUUUCCUGAACCUGGUGGUGCUGCGCUUCCUCACCUACAGCACACAGGAGGGAACCAGGAGCCUGGAGGUGGAGCGAGAGGAUCAGGCAGCAGUGCCUAAGAGGCCAUGGGGUGGGAAGGCGGUGGAGGAGGCAGAUGUGGAAGCAUCAGCACGGGACAGAGUUGAUGGGAUGGAGCAGAAAGAAGCUGAGGAUGGGCAUAGUAGCCGCUGCAACUUCUCCCUUUCCAUGGAUGGAGGCACCAGUCGUACCAACCUCAUCCCCUGUCCAUCUGAGGAGCUCAGGGGGACCCCUGGGGUCAGGGAAUCUGCUAAGCACCCUGAGUUCUGCAUCAGCGCUCUUUGCUCCUGUAUGUGCUUCAGGCUGUGUGCCUGUGACAGCCCCUUUCCAUCCCGCUGUGAGCACUCAGGCUGUCACAGCAACCCUCUCUUCUACAACUCCAUCUCCUACAGGGUGGAUGAAGCCUCUUGCAGCACCAGGGGCACCUCAGCCCAGUCCUCCCCCAGCAGCGGUGCCCUUUUCCUGGGGAUGAGCAGUCCUCACACACGGAGGAAGUCAGUGUAGCUACCUGGAUUGUUGGGAUUGACUCUGGACUGAAGUUGCCUUUGUUCUUAUCUUUUGAUGUGAAUCUCUGAGAGGAAUACAGUGCAGACAGAGAUGCUACUGAUUCUCUGAACGUGGAACAAAUUGUUUGUUUUUCCUGUUAAAAAAAGGUAGCAUUUACAGGUUUCAGGUUGGGCUUCUCUGUUUAUUUUUACAGUCAAAAUGUAGCUUUUACAGAUAUCCUGUUCUGCAUUGUAUUUAGCAAUUGCAUUUUUUUCUAUAGAUAAAGAGAUGAUUUAUACAGGUAAAGAUUGUAUAAAAUUGUGAAAUAAAAAUGUAAUAC